UAUAUGAUGUAAAAACAAGAGACCACCCGAAUAGAAAAAAAAAAGUGUAAUUUAGUGAAAGAUUUAUUAUGAACACUUAGAUUCAGUAAAGUAUAUUUUGUACAAUUUCAAUUGUAUGGAACUAUUGAUAUAAAUUUUCGUGUUUUAUAUUUGGGAAAUAUAUGUAAGAGGGGUUAAUUCAGUAGAAUAUGACUUGAAAUAAUGUGAACAUUAGAAAUAUAUUCGAAUUAUAUUGAUAUCAUUCGAACAUAUGUCACCAUAUGUGUAUAUUUGUUGUUUACUCCAUGAAAAUAAAGUAAAUUUUUAAACGUGUAUAUUAAAAAGUUCACAACUUUCUAUUUUUAAAAGACUGUAGAAGAUCAUUUGGAAAAUCAGAAUGCAGUAAGCAAAGAAACUCUAUUACAAAGAUGUUGAACGGACUCCAUGAUCCCAAAGACCAGACAGAAAUAUAUCGACACUGAAUCAAAUCCGAUCUUCUUUCAUAUCUUUAAAAGUUAACAUUCGAAAAAGAAUGCUUUCCAUUGCCUUUACCUUUAUUCUAGCACCUAAUAAAUGAUAAAGAAAAUGUGAGCUGUAUCGUUUUCAAAUAUGAUUGUUAACUUUAAAAUGAAUAUUCUAGUCAUUUAAACACGCUUGAAAGCUUCAUUAACAGCAACAAAAUAUGAAUAUCUAACAAUGCCAACGAAGGAAAAUGCGCAGCCUUAUAUCUUUUAAAGAUACAAAUUCUUUUUACUUUAAAUAUCUUGUCUAUUUAAUUAUUGACAUCUGACUCGGAAUAAACGAAGAUAGUGAAAGUCAAUAUUGAAUAAAAUAGUUUUAGAAGUGUUUCCACAUGUUACAUCAGUUACGUGUAUUCUAAGCGCUAAAUAAGUUAAUAACAUUAGCUCUAUGACCAUAAUUAAUCUGAUAUUUAUACGAUUAUUGUCCAUCUGGUGCCAGAACCUCUCAUAUCUCUCACUUUAUUGUUGACAAAGAGUGGAAUACAUAUAGCCCUUUCAGCUUUAGCUAUUUCUUUGGACAAGAACUGACAAAUUUUUACUUCAACCUAAAUACAUGUGAUAUGUACAAGAAAGUGUUAUUUUGCGUCUUUUACAUUAGCUUGUUUUACGAUGUCGUUAAUUCUUGUUCGUGCCUGCCAAUGACGGUGCCAGAAAAGUACUGUAGGGCAGAUUUUGUGAUGAAGGUGAGGGUUCUUAGUAAUUUGAAGAACCCAAGCGGGGAGCAAGGUUUUGAUGCUUUCUACAGGAUAAAGAUAAAGGGAGUUCCUUGGAAGUUUAACUUUGAAAAUGAUGUUUCUGACAUGAAGAGGGUGUACACAGCCUCCAACAGUGCUUUGUGUGGUGUAUACCUUCAGAAAAGAAAAAGAUAUCUAAUUUCAGGACGUGUCGACAAGGAAGCUGGGAUAAUGAGAAUGAACUCAUGCUUGUCAAUAGCAGAGAGAACAAGACUUGUACGAUCAACAAAAAGGUUGAAAAACAAUCCACCAAAUUGUGCAAUAUUGACAGCUCCUGAUAAGUUUCUGCCUGGACCUUCUUAAUAAUUUCAUCAGCAGCCCGUCCGGAAAAACAACAUUUUAUCCAUAUUGUAGCCAAUAUAACGCCUUAAUAAAUUGUAUUGCAGAAUAAUUCUUUGUUGAGUUAUCAAAACGCCGCUAAACCAUG